AUGCUGGUGGAUCAUGCGAGCCAAGUCCUGGGGAGAGCGGACGCUGGGAAGCGGACAUCGGCUGGUCGGGAGCCGACUG